CGAAGUUCAAGAAUGGCGGAAAUGUGAGAGCAAGGGCAAGGUUACGGUAAUAGGCGGCGACUGGCAGCCAGAUGACGGGGAAAUGAACUCGGUGGGGCCACACGAGGCCGUUGCCCUUUUACAAAUCGGUUCUCUGCACGUGGGGGGCAUCCUCCCGUGCACACUGCGGACCACGCGUGUUCUUAUCUCGUUGUUCGCGCGAAUGUUACGUAGGCGCCAACAAAAUUGGUUCCUGUGCUUAACGAGUAUUCUUUAUUUUGCCCUCGAGUUGAGUUGUACCUGCAACUAAGCAGAAGAUGGGAUGGAGGAUAAUCGAAAUAAAAGAUAUUUACUAAAUAGGCGAGUCGAUGACCCCUAGAGUCCCCCUAGAGUCUCUAGAGAGUCCUCGAAGCUGAAAUUUGUGUAAUGUCGCAGUUGCGUUUCUAACACUGCUGCAACGGUGCAACAGUGUCUCUGAAACACUGCGUUUAUUUAGGGAACAUACGAAUCAUUUUUGCAUAGGAAUAUAGAGAGCUUUGCACUCGGAAUAGAUCGAUCACCCUGCUCCAUAGAAGCUCUGACGCAAGUCUCGAGUAAGACAUCAAAGUCGCGAAGGUAGAGGAAAUCGAUUCCAUCCGUGAUUACGCUCCACCCGGCUACGUAUGCAAGGGAACAGUGGCCUGCAGGUUCUUGAACUUGCCGAUCUGUUUCCAUGCCAGGUGGGGACCGGGAUCGGUGGUCGGCAGGAGACGUCGUCACACCUCGUUCAUUCUCCGCAUCGUCAAGACGUUCCUCGAGCUACCAUCGAACAUAUCUAUUUAUUUUCUCUCGUCGAAAUCCAUUAUAGUCUUCCCAAUUACGUCAGCUUGUCUCUUGGUACCGGACAGAUCGAUUUUGCUUCGUGGCUCUACGAAACCUGAACGUCGAAGGAAGUUCGACGAUCGUUAGGUAUCCAACUCGAUCCGACUGAUACUCUCGACUGCGAAUCGAUGAUAUCGAUAAACAUGCGUGUCUUCAAAACGGUGCUGGUCCUCGUCGCGUUCUUCUCGAAUAGAGUAAAGUGUUUACCAGUUGCUAAUGAGACGAUGGUGGUGGAAUCACCGAGCUCGACGCCACCCGUUUUAAGUUCGUCCGAAGUCGAUUAUUACGAUCAACGACAGAACGGAACCGAUAAUUACCGUAUCCACGUGGACGGUGUGAUGUUCGUCUUGGCUCCCGUCGAGGCGUUACUCCUAGCUGGUACUGCUGGUGAUAAACCUGACUUACCGAUCCUCGAUCCGUCGAAGCCAACCUCGAACAAACCGGUGCCUGCACCUAAGUCAUCGAACAGGGACGCUUCGCAUUUGGUAAAUUUACUGGUUCCGUUCCUGCGCCGUUUUCGUCAAGGGUGAAGAACGCCUUUUACAUACAUUAAAGAAAACGUAAGGUUUAAUCGAUUCAUCAUUAUUUUCCUAAUAGUCACGUAGCGCCCAUUGUCAUCAUAUUAUAUUACAUUUGUCAUCAAGGUAAUCAUUUAUACUCCACGUUGCUCGCAAGGAAUUGAACCUACCUAAGACUAGGUUUAAAAAAAAAAAAAAAAAAAAAAAAAAUUAAAGACUGAAAGUAUUUCAAUCGAAUUUACAUCACAAGAUCUAGUAAACGGUGCAAGGUUUAUAUGCAUGGGAUUUUUUUUCAACGGUACAAUAUGUUACGUUACAUGUAUUCUUUAAUGUAACUCGUACGCAUGUCUUUCGUAAACAUUUCUACGCCUAAGGAUACAAUGUACAAUAUGUUCUUAUCGAAAUGAAAUUUAUUUGAUUAAAAAUUAAAAUACAUUAUUCGUGAGUUCUUUUUGGUAUAUCAUCACAAUAUUUUGUAUAAAAAAUGCUUAGGACUAUGUUCCUCAGAAUAUACAUCGUCUGGGUGGAAUCGUUUAUGUCGUUAAAAAAGAAGGGAGAAAGAAAACGAUCACUUUCACACGGACUUUACAAAUACGGUUUGUAGCAAGUAACUUGUACUUCAAAAGGAAAAAAAAGAUCUUUAAUAAAAAAAAAAAAAAAAAAAAAAUUAAAAAA